GCAUCCAGGGCCUGGUGAUGACGUAUGACGAGGAGACGGGGGUGUUCACGGUGACAGAAAGCGACUUUGAAGCAUCAAACGCCCGCGUGCCGGCCCUGCCUGACUGGGUGGAAGGACGCCAGGUCGCCAGGGCGGAGUACCACUCACUGCUUCAGCACUUAAGCAGGCAAAGCUCUGCUACGGGCGAUGUGCCUUGUAACGUUAAGUGGUCCAACGCUCACCGACUUGACCCAACCAUCGGAGGAAAGUGCAUCCACUUCACCGCAGCGUCAGAGGGCGACAUCUUUGUCGUGUUCGCCGGGAUUCCGCAGAAACACGAGACCUGGCUAUACGUACAGAUAUCGCCAGAGGGCGUUGCACUCUACAAGUCCAUGAGAGUGGUGACAACACAGCUCCUAGAUGGUGCGAGUAGUCUGGGAUCUUCCAACUUGUACCAGUCGUACUUCGUCUGCGUAACGGAAGAUACCAUCGGCGGCGUGACAAUCAUACAGUACGGCAAGACGCCUGAUAACGAGGAGCUCCCCCAUGUCUGGUUAGAAUUUGAGAUCGACGAGGUCCUGAGUCUGCAGUAUUACGCGUUUGGCAGUGGGAUGUACCCUGUCAAGGUCAUGGGUGUGUCCAUUAUAGAUCAACCGGCGCAAUACUUCAUCGUCUGCCGGGAGGGAACGCCGAGAAAGGACAACGGGAGGUGCUCGCAGCAGUGCCACGAGGAGUGUGAUGGGUGUAGGACGACCGGAUCUGACUCCCCGACCGACUGUAUAGCAUGCAAACACUACAGCGUGGGAUUCCCAUACAUAGAAGGGGACAGUGGUUCCUUCACAUGCGUGGCUACCUGUCCGGAACACAUGGAGCCGGCUACUGAAACCAGCAAGUGUACCUGCAUAAAGCAAAUGGAGGAAAGCGGUGAUGGAGGGACUGUGACGUGUGUGACGGAAUGUCCGCUCACCCACUAUGACGAUGGAAAUGUGUGCAAAGUGUGCAGUACCCUCUGCGAAGACGUGAGUGGCAGGGGGACACGAGUUUGCACAGGGCCUAACAGCGGCGACUGUAGUGUCUGCCGGUACACCACUUCCGAUGGUGGAUGCUUGGAAGGCUGCAGCCCGGGCCAAAAGGCUGUUGCACAAGACGAAGGUGGGUUCAGAUGUGACCAGUGCCAGCCUGGUCAUAAGUGUGUGAGAGGAGACGAGAUGGAGGAAAUUUGCCCAGCGGGGACCCACAGCAGCCCGGAGAGGACCAGCUGUCUGGAAUGUGCAGCCGGCCAGUUCAGCAGCCCGGGAUCACAGUACUGUCAGGACUGUCCCGCUGGGAAGUACAGCGCGAACAGCGGGGCCAGCACCUGCACAGCUUGUCCUUCCGGACAGUACAGCUCCAGCAGCGGGUCCAGCAGCUGUCAGGUCUGUCCGGCAGGGCAGUACAGCGCAAGUGCCGGGUCCACGAGCUGCCAGGAUUGUCCAGCCGGACAGUUCAGCGCAAUGGGAGGGGCCAGUAGCUGUGACGACUGUCCCGCAGGGCAGUACAGCGCGGAUGCCGGGUCCAGCAGCUGUCAGGUCUGUCAGCCUGGGCAGUACAGCGCAAGUACCGGGUCCACAAGCUGCCAGGAUUGUCCAGCCGGACAGUUCAGCAGAGUUGGAGCGGCCACACGCUGUAACGACUGUCCCGCAGGGCAGUACAGCGCGGAUGCCGGGUCCAGCGGCUGUGAGGCUUGUGCUGAAGGAUACACCAGCGAAGAAGGAGCUACAGAGUGUUAUGACUGGGACCAGUGCUCCCCCAACCCUUGUGAAAACAACGGAGUCUGCACCGACGGCGUUGACUCGUUCACCUGCGCCUGUCAGGGCCAGUACACGGGCGACAGAUGUCAACUAGCUUGCCCAGCAGCCUGGGCUAGCCAUGGCACAGAAUGCUUCCAUCUCGGAGAGUCAUCGGGGGACUACCUACGAGCCAGAGGAAGAUGUGCGGCGACACAUAAUUCUCUACUCGCCAUGCCUAAGGACGAAGCAACAAACACCUUCAUCGCCAACCUCAUCAGUAGUAGUCAAAGACCUGGCGGCAGGUACUGGAUCGGCCUGAACGAUCUUCAGAGGGAUAGCGCCGAGUGGGAGGACACCUCUGAUGAUAGGUGGACGUGGGAGGACAACACUCCUCUCGGGUGGAACAACUGGAAACCGGGUGAACCAAACGGCGAGCAUGAGCGGUGUGCGAUGAUUAUCCCGUACAGGGAUGACUGGAACGAUCUCGUCUGCACAGCUACUAAUCUGUAUUAUGUAUGCCAGAAGAGUGCCGAGUGAAGUCCAACAGCAUGGAUCUAGGCCGGACCCGCUUCUUAUGUACUACGCUGGACAGUGAACACCAAUGGAAAUCUGUAUUGGCAAUAAUGUAAAAAUAGGCAAGUUCAGGGUGUCAUAAUGUCAUCCGUGAACAUUCCAGGUCAUUAUA